CAUCGGCCCGCAGCGUCCGGAAUUCCUGUGCAGUGUGGGCUUAGGCGGGCUCGUCAACACCGGGCUUGGGAGGUGAUGGGGAGCUGACCUGGAAGGGAGCCCGGACCUGUGCUCUGCCGCGGCUCCCCGCCCCCCUCGAAGCGCUUUUCCUGCCGCCGUGUGCGGUGUAGACGCAGGCGGGUUUCAGGGUGCGUGGGCGUGUUUGGGAAGAAGCUGCGAGCUGAUAGGAGGAAUAAUGUAUUUGUGGCCUUGGACAUGAAGUAGUCAGACCUGUUGCUGUUGCUAUAGGACCAGGGACUGAUGAGGGAAGCAUGGACCUAAUGAACGGGCAGGCAAGCAGUGUUAAUAUCGCAGCGACCGUUUCCGAGAAAAGUAGCAGCUCUGAGUCGUUAAGUGAGAAGGGCUCUGAAUUGAAGAAAAGUUUUGAUGCUGUGGUAUUUGAUGUUCUUAAAGUUACGCCAGAAGAAUACGCGGGUCAGAUAACGCUAAUGGAUGUUCCAGUGUUUAAAGCUAUUCAGCCAGAUGAGCUUUCAAGUUGUGGAUGGAAUAAAAAAGAAAAAUAUAGUUCUGCACCAAAUGCAGUUGCUUUCACAAGAAGAUUUAAUCAUGUGAGCUUUUGGGUUGUCAGAGAGAUCCUCCACGCGCAGACACUGAAGAUAAGAGCGGAGGUCCUGAGCCACUACAUCAAGACUGCUAAGAAACUGUAUGAACUUAAUAACCUUCAUGCACUUAUGGCUGUGGUUUCCGGCUUACAGAGUGCACCGAUUUUCAGGUUGACUAAGACAUGGGCGUUAUUAAGUCGAAAAGACAAAACUACCUUUGAAAAAUUAGAAUAUGUAAUGAGUAAAGAAGAUAACUACAAAAGACUCAGAGACUAUAUAAGUAGCUUAAAGAUGACACCUUGCAUUCCCUAUUUAGGUAUCUAUCUGUCAGACUUGACGUACAUUGACUCAGCGUACCCAUCCACUGGCAGCAUUCUAGAAAAUGAGCAGAGAUCAAAUUUGAUGAAUAACAUUCUUCGAAUAAUUUCUGAUUUACAGCAGUCCUGUGAAUAUGAUAUUCCCAUGUUGCCUCAUGUCCAAAAGUACCUGAAUUCCGUUCAGUAUAUAGAAGAACUACAAAAGUUUGUGGAAGACGAUAAUUACAAGCUCUCGUUAAAGAUAGAACCUGGGACAAGUACACCACGUUCUGCUGCUUCCAGAGAAGACCUAGUAGGUCCUGAGGUAGGCGCCUCGCCGCAGAGCGGGAGGAAGAGCAGCGCGGCCGAGGGGGCGUUACUGCCCCAGACGCCCCCGUCCCCUCGGAACCUGAUCCCGCACGGACACAGGAAGUGCCAUAGCUUGGGUUACAAUUUCAUUCAUAAGAUGAACACGGCAGAAUUUAAGAGUGCGACAUUCCCAAACGCAGGGCCACGGCACCUGCUGGAUGAUAGCGUCAUGGAGCCCCAUGCACCAUCCCGAGGCCAAGCUGAGAGCUCCACGCUUUCCAGUGGGAUAUCCAUAGGGAGCAGUGACGGCUCUGAACUAAGUGAAGAGACCUCGUGGCCGGCUUUUGAAAGGAACAGAUUAUACCAUUCUCUCGGCCCGGUGACAAGAGUGCCACGAAAUGGCUAUGGAAGCCACACGAAGGCCAGCAGUUCUGCGGAGUCGGAGGACUUGGCCGUGCACCUGUACCCAGGAGCUGUUACUAUUCAAGGUGUCCUCAGGAGGAAAACGCUGUUGAAAGAAGGCAAAAAACCCACAGUAGCAUCUUGGACAAAGUAUUGGGCAGCCUUGUGUGGAACACAGCUUUUUUACUAUGCUGCCAAAUCUCUGAAGGCUACAGAAAGAAAACAUUUCAAGUCAACGUCGAAUAAGAAUGUGUCUGUGGUGGGAUGGAUGGUAAUGAUGGCUGAUGAUCCAGAGCAUCCAGACCUCUUUCUGCUUACUGACUCGGAGAAAGGAAAUUCUUACAAGUUUCAAGCUGGCAGCAGGAUGAACGCAAUGCUGUGGUUUAAACAUUUGAGUGCGGCCUGCCAGAGCGACAAGCAGCAGGUUCCUACAAACCUGAUGACAUUUGAGUAGAGCCUGAGAAAGAGGAGGUGCACCAUUGUUCCCAUCGCGUGGAGCAAGGACCUGCUGAGGGCGGCCAGCUGCACAUCCCGUGCCAGGGAGAGCCCCCAGGCUCCAGCCCAGCCUCCCUCCGGAGCUCAGAACCAAAAGCACUCAUUUCAGGGAAUGAAGAGAGAUUCCCAGAGAACACAAUGGAGUUGCAAAACAAACUGCCAUGAACUACGCUUCUUAUCUCCGAACUGACCUGUGGAAACCACUGCCUUAACAGAGUGAGAGAAAACCAACACCAAAUAGUGUGUGUGAAUCUUCUGGCGGUGCUGUGCUUGGAAUAAAUUGUAGCUAAUUUGCGUUUCUUUUAACUUUGUACUAAUUCAGAGGGGAAACCAUCUUUUUUUUAGAUACACUUUCAAAAGGAAAAGCGUUUCUUACGGAUUCCAUCAGGAGCUGUUUUAGGUGCAGUGAGAAGUCCAUGAGGAGCUGGCCAACAGCCCACCUGCAGGGUCUGCGCAAGCAGCCUCUGGGCCUGGCUUCCUCAGUUUCCCCACAGCAAGACUGGGGUUUGAGUGGUGACAGUGCAGGCUGUGGCGUUGUGUUUGGAGCAGGGGAGGGAUCUAGUCAGACACUACGCUUUGGAACUCAGCGCUAGAAGGGUUUCCUGAAGGAGGCACAAAGGCCGAGUGUCCACAUGGCAGCAGGCUCCAGGAAACACGGUUGCUUCUACCUGGGUUUAAUUCUCUGUAUGAAUCCACUGUUGGGCUGUAAAUCUGCACAGGAGGAAGAUUACCCCAAGCUGAGGUUCCUGUAGAUUUUUCUCAAGUCAAGUGGAUUCUCCGGCUACAGGUGUUCAUCAUCGUGGUGAAGACCCGGGGGGUUACCAGAGCCUUGACCUUGCAGUGUUUAAUGUGCAUUAUGCCAGACUUAUUUUUUAUUAAAUUUGUUUUUGUUCAGUAUCAGAUUCAAGAGCAUACUUGUUUAAAAGAUUCUUCAUAUAUAUAUGUAUGUAUAUACAUACAUACAUACAUAUAUAUGGUGUGUAUUUUAUUGUAAGACAAAACCGUUUUAAGCAGAAUAAAAGCAAAGUUUGCAGCUCUAGGAAUUAAAAAUAUAAAACCUCUUCUCUGUAUGACUUUCAGAAUGUGCCAGGACAUUUGUUUAGAAAGUUGACUGUCGGACCCAACCUGAAAACCAUGUUUUCUUAGUAACUGGCUAAGCAGUUCUGAGAGUGCUCUCCUAGGCAGUAACACGUUUAAUUUUUAAAAUGAAUGUUGGACUUGAGAUAGCCUAGAACUUUAACCAAGAAUAGCACUUGAGUAGACUGCUGUGGGCCACAACAUGCAAGGUCUUGACUUACAGCUCCAAGCAAACAGUUCUUUCUUUGGGUAUCACGUAAAAUUUCUCACAUUUGUAUCCUCAAAGAAUUGUGUGCUUUCUAUCAGAAAUAUUUUUAUCGUCAAGUCCAUUGAGCUUAACUAGGAAAUACUGUAUGUACAAUAAUCAGCUAAAAAAGAAAUCAGUCCAAGAGAAAGCAAAGAACUUUUAUGAGUGUCUCUAAUUUAGAUAAUUCAAACAUGACAGAAAUACAUUAUUUGGGGUCUCAUUGAUAAGCAAGGGAAGGCAAAUGUUGCCUAUAUGGAAUGAUUUUUCAAAUAAUGGUCUAAGCUUAACCCAUGUUGGGUAUACGGACAGACAUUACUGAGUAGCUAGCAGUAUUAUAGUAUAGACUGUGCACAUCUUACUUUUGGUUUGCCUAUUUUUAGCAACCCCUUAGUUUAUUUUGCUCCUGAAAUAAUGUUUUAAGUAGUGUGCACGCUGUUUUUGAGAUACUGUAAAUGAGAACCUGUGGCUUUUUUAUUACCACUUUAUCAUGAGUAAGCUAAAGCCGUUACGUUGUAGGUGACUGGCGUCUGUGGAGAUGGUGUCUAGCAGAGGCUGACUUCACAGUUUUGCCAGAGGAAGCAAUGAGGUGGAAGACGUGUUUGAUACACCCAGCUCUAGACACUUCUGGGUGUGUAGGGAAAAACCGUGUUCAGAUUUGAUGAGCCAGUCUGAAGUAGCACUGUGGCCUCUGGCUGAAACUAAAACUAUUUUUCUACCCUAAAAUUUGCUCUAAACAGCAGUCAUUGCAUUUUAGGAUGAUUUUAGAAACUGUGAGAGAUGAGUUAUGUAGAGUUGGUUGAGUUUUUUGAUCAGUAGUUCACAAAAUGGUAUCAGAUUAUAAUUGAAGCAAAGAAAACAUUGCCAAACUUUAUUAAACAUUUGAGUACUUUAUUUAUUGGACAAUGAAUCCUGUUACACUAACUCUCAGUUGUAGAGGGACUCACAGGCUCAUUUUCCAUGAACAUUAGAGCUCAGUUGUUUCUAUCAUAGCCAAGGAGAACUCUUUAGAAAUUCGAUUAAAACAUAUACUUAAGCUAGUUUAUAAGCAGACUGAAUAGGAUAUUCUAUGGCCUGGCGCAAUCACGUGUUUUGCUAGUCAUAUCUCAUUUGACAACCCAUUUGGACAUAAAGGCUUGUUUUUCCGAAUUCCGUUUUUACAGUGUACUAUAGAGAUGACUGCAUAAAGCCCCAGCACUGUUCCGCACCUUGUGUGCUUAGUUUCCAGGAUCCUUUCACUAUAGUGUCUAGGCUGUAAGGGUCAAAAGAGAAUUGAUGAAAUACACCUCUCUGUUUGGUUUUGUUCAGUGUGUAUUUGUGUAAACAAUUCAAAAAAGGAUCCAAUUCCGGAGUAUUUUUUCUCUCUCCCCUUAGCAUAUGUUUCAGUGGUGAUUAUUUUUCCUGUGUAAAUCGGUACCAUCUUCUACGUAGUCUGUUGCUAUUGGGUAUCAAUGUUGAGUCAGUCAGGAUGCUCAUAGCUGCAGAGUUCUGAUAAUUGGCUUCUUUUCCUCCUCGGGAUUUAUAAAGAAUCUGCCCAGCAAGCAGCAUGGUUCUCUGGGAGGAAUCACACUUGGACCCCUUGGUAGCUGAAAUGUGGCCCUGUAAACACAGCUUGAUCCGCUCUGGGGGUUAUUAGCAUUUAGCUGUCCAAAUGACUUAAGCAUCAAGUCUUUUUCAUGAGGUAAAAUCUGUAAAUUACAUAGAUUUAAAACGGUGAGGCAUUGCAUUGAUUGGAAGUCAGUACCAACAGACUCAAUCCAUUGGCUUUUAAAGAGAGCACACCUUCUGUUGGCUUCUUCCCUGUUUAUUGAGACACAUGCCUUUCUAACUGGGCUUUGAACUAUCCUGUUAGCUUCCACAAACAAGAGGUACCAGUGUGGCUUAAUGGAAGAUAAGCUUUCAUAAGAAGAAUUCCUCUGCCCCCAAGACUUAAAAGAAUUGCAUCCUGGCGAAAAAGAAGCUGACCGUCAUUGUCCAGGGCUGUAGCAGUACUGAUGUAGCAGUACUGAAUGGUGAUGGAGCAAGUGCGGGGGGGGGGGGGGGAGACACUUUAGCCUCCUUUUAGGGCUUGCUUCAUUUUCGCUUCUUUUAUUUCUCAAUACCAUCUUGGUUUUACAGCCAGGAAGCUAUUGUUUUUUCUAAGCCCCCGAGACAGAAAUUGCUGUUAAAUACUGUUGAUCAUAAAUUACAUGUGAACCCUUUAAAAAUGAUUUAAGUACCUUUUGGGUUUGUUUCCCUAAAAAUGGCUUGUGUCUAGAGUGACUUUUCAAUUUGAGAAUUCUACUGAAGAGAUGCUUACACUCCAGUUUUUCAGCUCAGUGAAGGGAAUCGCAUUUUACCUAUAUCCAGCCAUAGUGUGGGGGAAAUUGGAUCAGUGCCUUAUCAAUUUGAAAACAAUGUUAGGGCAUUGAGGGUGGCUGUAAUUAUCGGUCCUCUUGACCCUCUGGCUUGAGGGGUGUGCCAUCCCUUUCCACCUGCUUAAUCUCACAGCAACCCGAAGAGGACUGCGUGGGCGUUUGGAUACUUGCAGUCCUCCGGUCUUGAUUCUUUCUCAAGUGAGCCUUGCUCCCUCCUGCUCUCUUGUCUGGGUGGGUUAAAAUAAAUCCACUCACAUCAGCCUUUUGGUGAGCACUCUGAGUGCUGGCUGAGUGGAUUUGUAUUUGGUGUCGUUUCCAGCUUAGGUUUAGUGACAGGCCCUGUUGGAGAAAUCCCUAACAGAGGAAGAAGCACACAGAAGGAGUUGUUUCCGUUCUGCUAAGACUGCUAAAAUACUGUGAUGGCGGCAGUCCCUCCGUCCAGAAAUGAAAUGUAUUUCAGUUUCUCAUCUAAGACACAAUGAACAAGCGUCCCUCACCUUGCUGGUUAUUGCUUACUUGAAAAUACACAAGAAAGAGACAGCGCUAUUAAUAAAUCAGAGGCAAGAAACUAAGUGAGGUUUCUCGGCCAAAGCAAAGUUUGGAAAUAUUUUGCUUAGGACAUUGGAAGGCCAGGAGAUACUGUCAUCUGAGUAGAAAUGCUGGUUUUAGAGUCCUUAGAAAAUAGACACAUAGACACACACGGUCUAUGGAGCCAAUGAAAGGGUUAGCAGGUCCUUGGGGUUAUUAGCAAAAUUUAAAAUCUGAUUCCAGCCAAUUGGUGUGCAAAACAGAGUUAAAGGAGUUCAUGGAGUACUUGGGGAAAGGAAAGCAGAAAAUGCCAGAUAUCAGCAGGAAGUUUCGAAUUUCUGUAUCAAGUAACCAAUGUCAUGUCCUUGAAGAUGUCCGCUGAGAGAACUCACACACAGUGUGGUUCCAAGAAGUGUUGAGUUAGUGGAUGUGGCUAAGGUAGCUGGUGGAACACCAGACUCUCAAGUUCCUACACCUUGAUGGUUGAUGUUCAUUCUGACAGCCCCCGAAGGACCUGGAAGGAGGAACCCAAACAUCUGUAGGGAUAAGUACCCAAAACUAAUAAUACAACAGAGUGAGGGAGAAAGAAAACCUUCACAAGCCAUUUCCAGUCUUGUCCCAGUCAACUCGAGGUACUUAAUGAUGAAGCGUUCGCUUGCACUAUGACCUCCUUGAGUGAUGUGCAACUUGGUUCCUCUCUGCUUUUGUUUCUUUUUAAUAUGCAGAAGUGAGUGUGUGACCUUCGGUGUGUUUGCAUAAGCUAACUUAAGGUGAAUUUAAGAACAGUUUUCUGACAUAUUUCUAUUGAAAUAAAUGACUUAAAAUGA